AUGGCCUCUCUACUCACAUCACAUCUCUCGCAAAUCUCCCUCUGCGCAACAUCAAUCGCCGAGCUGCCAUUUCCCGGCCCCAAACGCUUCACCAAUGCCCUUCUCAAUGCGAAUGAAAUCACAUCCCUCAUUCGCGACACGGAGCAGCAUGAACGCGCCCUCUUCCACCUCGCCCCACCUCCUCUCCCCUCAAGAUCUACCCUCAGCUCAGACAAUACGCCAGGAAUUGUAGCAGCUCCCCAGCCAAAUCAAUCUCGCAGAGCAACAAUGUACGGCGGAGGCCGUCAAACACCGAGGAAUAAAGCUGUUGCAGCCGUGCUAGGAGGCGAUCUCUAUCAACGAACGCGGAGAGAAGGAAUGCGUGCAAAGGGAGAUGUGGACGUGGAGGUGCUGCUAGAAGGCGCUGAACGACUAUUGAACGUCUAUGCCAUUCCUGGCGCGAAUGAGAGCAUCUCGCAUUUGAGACGGCGGUAUGAGCAGUUGAGAAAUAACAUUGCUUAUCAUGAGCAGAGAGUCGCAAAGCAGAGUGAGGCGUUGGCGGGGAGGAGGGGAUACGGGGAUGUGGAAGACGAAGACGAGAAGGAUGAGGGAGAUCAUGGGGAGCCAAUGCAGGAGGAUGCAUUCGUGGGAAUGAGUGCAGAUGACAUGGAAGCAGAGGAAAAGGAAAUCAGAGAGCUGGAGGCGAAGAAGAAGGCUCUGGAGGAGCGAGUUGCUGGCAUGGAGAAGGACUUGGGCGGGCUGAUGCGCUGA